AUGGGCUUUCAGCUGACGCCACUUCUGGUUCUAGAUCAUUCGGCAGAAUACAUCUACUGGUACAACACUAAAGAAGAACUUCAUGUAGUGGAUGCGAAGGAGGAGGUGGACGAUGGAUGCAUGGUGGGUUUGGGGAAGACGGAAGGGAGAAGAAAUGGGUGGGUUGCAGGGAAGGGGGGUUGGGCUCGGGUAGGGGGGGAGAUGGGAAGAUGGGUGCGUGGAGGAGGUGGAGGAUGGGUGCGGAUGAGGAUGUGGAGGAUGGGUGGGAGUGGUUUUGGAUUUGGGUUGUUGGGAGGGACAACAGAUGGGGAAGAUGGUGAAGGGGAUGGGGUUUCGGCGGGCGGUCGGGGGGAAGGGUGGGGUGAUGGGAUCUAG